AUGAAGAUCUCUCAGCUUCUCCAAGUCAUUAUCGUAGCGCUGCUGGUUAUUGCGCUUUUGCCCGAGUAUGGUGCCGCAUCAGUCGAUGAUAUUGGCCUCAACGCCGAUUUCGAGCGAUUCGCUGUCCGAUCCUCGCGUGGUAAUGCACGCCUACGGCGGAUGAGGAUUCUUGCCGGUGGCAGUACGGCCAGUGGCGGCGGCAGCUCCACUUCUGCCGGUAACACGAACAGCGGCGGCGGCAGCUCCUCCUCUGGCGGUAACACGAAAAGCGGCGGCGGCAGCUCCACCUCUGGCGGCAACACGAACAGCGGCGGCGGCAGCUCCACCUCUGGCGGCAACACGAACAGCGGCGGCGGCAGCUCCACCUCUGGCGGCAACACGAACAGCGGCGGCGGCAGCUCCACCUCUGGCGGCAACACGAACAGCGGCGGCGGCAGCUCCACCUCUGGCGGUAACACAAACAGCGCCGGCAGCUCCAACUCGGGCGGCAACACGAACAGCGCCGGCAGCUCCAACUCGGGCGGCAACACGAACAGCGCCGGCAGCUCCACCUCUGUCGGCAACACGAACAGCGCCGGCAGCUCCACUUCUCCCAACGGCUGCCUGCAGAACCAAACCCUCUGUGGCUCUCUCUGCACCUUCUUAAAGUCGGAUCCAAACCAUUGCGGCAGCUGCAACCGAUACUGCGCCACCGAUUUCAUGUGCUGCUCCGCCACCUGCACCUCGCUUCUCACCGACAAGAAGAACUGCGGCAAAUGCGGGAGGUUCUGCCGCGGGACCUGCAUCGCUGGUGUGUGCGACUACGGUGCUGCCGGCACGCCGUUGAAGAAGUAA